UCUCUCUCGUGCGGAGGAACGGGAGAGAUCUGCUCCAACGUCCUGAUCGAUCUCCCUCGAACAGCGCGCGAAUCUGCUCGUUCGAUUCGGCUCCCGCGAAUCGCGCCCCCGAGAGCUCGUUCGAUCUCGACCGAUCGUUUCUCGACGUUCUCCGACCCAUCGCGUCGUCCGUUCCGAGGCUUCGGAGCUUCUCGAGCCACUCACUAGCUCCGUGCCGCUUCCUUUCGGCCGCCGAUCUUCGGGGACGAUCCGCGGGAGGAGCCAUGAGAUCGUGCAGCGGAUGGCGGCGGCUGCUGUUCUGCCUCCCGCUCGUCUUCCUUUUGCCUCAUCUGCUCUCAGUGAUGGAAUUGCAUCGAGAGCCGACGGUGGGAGAUCAGCAUAAGAAGGCGAGGAAUAAGUUCGAUCAUUUGGUUCUCGGGCCCGUGGCAGGGGAAGGCUUGCCUAACCGAUUGCAAUGCCAAGGUGUCAAAGCUCUCAACAAGACACAUUUUUCUGCCUCGUCCAACAGAAGCUAUGUCGCAGAAAGCAUAGCUUUUGUCACUGUCUUUACAGUUUAUAACUCCUCUGACAUUUCAAAGACUAGUGGAUCAUCAGAUGUGACAACUGUUGGAAAUUCCUCAUAUAAUAAGGUGGAGAGAUCAAUAGCCAUCUUGAAUGUAUUCAUCAACUUUAUUCAGGUGGCUAUGCCCAAGAGUAAUGUUAUCAUUCUUACAGAUCCUGCAUCUGACCUCUCAAUAAACAGAGACAAGGUUUCUGUCUAUCCUAUUCAAGGUGAAUAUUCCCGAGACAAGUUGAUGCUUCAAAGAAUCAGGUCUUACAUUGCCUUCCUAGAAAGAAAGCUUGAGGACCAUUCACGGGAUCAUAUGCAUAAUUACAUAUUUGUUGAUUCAGACAUAGCAGUUGUUAAUGAUCUUGGCCAAGUAUUUCAUGAUUACCCAGAUUUUCACCUGGCCCUUACUUUUCGGAACAACAAACAACAACCUCUGAAUUCAGGAUUUAUAGCAGUGAGGGGUACCUAUGACGGAAUGAGUAGGGCAAAGGUCUUUCUACAGCAAGUACUUGAAGUCUACAUUUCCAAGUAUAGCGGUGCUUCAAGAAUGCUAGGUGACCAACUGGCUCUUGCUUGGGUUGUAUUAUCUGACGCAUCUUUUGACGCCAAAAGAUUUGCCAAAGCGCAACCUUUUUUAAAAGAUAUCAAGGGUGCCUCUGUGCUAUUUCUGCCAUGUGCUAUGUACAACUGGACACCACCCGAGGGUGCUGGUCAAUUCCAUGGCAUGCCCUUGGACGUUAAGGUGGUUCAUUUCAAAGGAUCAAGGAAACGCCUAAUGCUUGAGUCCUGGAAUUUUUUCAGCUCCUCUCCCAACAUAGCUGAUAUGCUAUGCCUCAUCUUGAGUAGUGGUAGGACAAAAUAUGACUUCUGAUAUACCUACUUCAUGUCAGCAAAUAUGGCAAAGAGUAAGAGCACACUUCAAAGGAACUGAGUUCAUUCAUCCUCCGUAUCAUUCAGGCCGCCACAUAUGAGAUCAUUUUUUUGACUAAGCAGAAUUAUUCGCAUGAUGAGCAGCCUCUAGCCGACCGAUGUUCAUAUUACUGAUGCUGCAGUUUAGGAGAUGAAGGGAUAUGCAUUUCAACUUUUCUUCUGGAAAUUUAGAUCCCAUCACGAUUUUGUUCGAUUGUUUCUUGUAUCGAUUCCUCCACCCACUGGAACGAUGCUACUGUUGGGUACACGGGCUGUUGUAUUCUUUUGCAUUGCUCAUGUGCUUGACAAGUAGGGUUUCUUCUUUCUUUUUGGCCUUUUCAACUGGUUUCACUUUAUGAAGGAAAGAACAGAGAAUCGACCCAAUUAUACUGUGGACAGGUGCCACUUUUUUUCACCUUUUGUUAUGUCGAUUGUCGAGCAAUAGAACUAUUUUGAAAACAUCCAACACAAAAA